AUGACCGUGCAGGACGCAUGCUGCAAAGGCAAGGCCAACGUGCUCCGGGGGUCGCUGCGGACCCUGAGGGCCGAUGGCUUCGGCGCGGGCCUGGGAUCCAGGGUGCUCGGGUGGGGCGGCAUGAUGGCGGCGGUUGGAUCGUUCGUUCGGCCUCAGGGGCCUGGCGAGUGCUGCGAUCACAACUGUGUGGAGCGAGUGUUUAAUGUUGUCACAUCCAUACCGUUCAUGGUGGUUGGGCUGGCGACAAUGAGGCGUCGCAGGACUCGCGAAGGGAAGGUGUAUGGCGCCAGCAUAGUGGGUGUGGGAAUGGCUUCCCUGACUUUCCAUUCUGCAAGGGGAAGAUUUCGCAGCUUCUCACGGAAGUUGGACUACUGGACCGUCGCUGUGUCCUCUGCGCUCAUGUCCCGAGCACUCUUUCCAAAGUUGUCUCCUUUGGUGUGGGGCCUGAGCCUUGGGCUCACACCCUUCCAGCCGUUUGCUACUGCAUCUGCCAAUGCAGUGGCCAUGGAGUACGAGUUCUUGAGGAGGGCGAACAAGAACCCCAGUCUGAAGCCUGUCCAGCAGCUGCAUGCAGCCACGUCAGCAGGGGGCAUGGGCCUGUUCUGCCGUCCAGAUGUGCCAUGCACACACGGCCUGUGGCACUGCGCCGCUGCACUGUCAUGCGCAACAACAAAUGGUCUGGUUGCAGAUGUGGAAGCAAGAGAGCUUGGCUUCGCCCCAAGGCUCUGA